GCGAAGAGAAGUGGUCAUGGCGGUUCCACGAAGUCCUUUUUGCCGCGAAUCCAAAUUCCAUCUCAGAAGCCAGAGCUUCGAUUCGAUUCCAUGGAAGCCCCUAGAUUCCAGCCUCUCGUGAAGAAGCCAUCCCUAUCGUCGUCAACUCCAUUUCUCGAAGGAUUCAUCUUCCGCCGCGGCAAUUGAUCGGAGAGAAUCGUUGGGCAUGGAUGUUCGUGAUCACUACAAGGUGCUAGGCUUGAACAGAAGCGCCACGAAGGAAGAAAUCAAGGACGCAUUCAGGAAGCUGGCGAAAGAAUUUCACCCUGAUAAGCAUUCCCAUUCACCCAAAGCAGUAAAGGAUUCUGCUACUUUGAGAUUCAAGCAGGUUUCCGAAGCAUAUGAGAUCCUUGGCGAUGAUUGUAAGCGUGCUGAUUACAAUAUUCGCUCUCGUUGUGCCUCUGGUCCAUCUGUUAAUCAACAGUAUUAUUCGUCUUAUAAUUCUUAUGCCCAUGCGAGUGGACCUAGAUAUGGUUCUUCUUCUGGAUUUACCUCUCGCUCUGGUUUCAAUGCCGAUGGCUUGGUUACGAAUUUUCAUAUGCUGCUGCGCUUUCUCACCACGCGUGCAUUUCUUCUCAAUUGUGCUUUCGCCGGUGUUUUAGUUGGUGGCAUGUUCGCGAUUGACACAAGUGGGGAGGCUUUGUGGAAGAUGCAUAAUUCUGGGAAAUCAUUUGAAGAAGCCAUGGAAUCAAUCAAUAAAGCCAAAACACAUGAAGAUGCUUAAAAGGGGUUUGCAUUUGGAUUCAUUUGUCCUACCAGCAGACCAGAUUGUGUUUUCAUGUCCUCUUCCUGUAGAGUUGGCAUUCCACACAAGUGAAGUUGAAACUGACUGGACUAUACAAGGAAUUAAAUAGCUGAUUGAAAUGUAAUAUAUGCUCUCUUUUUUCUUACCCCUCCUUUAUGUGAAUAUACAUUGAUUGAUUAUAUACAAAUUUUGUUAAGUGUUCUGCA